UCUUUCAGCGCUACAGAUCGAAGCGGAGACGGACGCAAUCGGGUGACUGUGAACUGUCACCGUUAGAACUAAGUUCUGCGACCGGAAACACAGUCUUAUUGUACUUAAAUUCGUUUCUUUAUUGGACUGAGGACAAAUGGCUCGAGACAAAGCGAGAAAAAAGAAGAGGACGUGACCGGUGCGUGUGUUAUCAGCGGUUCCACGCAUCCACUGUGCGCGUUCGGGCUUCUAGCGAGCACAAGAAUAAUAGCUGCUGAUGAGCACGUACUGCUCUGAGCACCGGCCAUGGCUGCCCACCGAAUCAUCAGAGUGACCAACAACAACCACAUCCUCCCUCGCUGUAAGUCUGAGGGGGCACUCAUCGAUUUCAGUGAAGGAGUCACCGGAGCCAGUCUCAGUAAUGUCAAAGUACCUUCUCCCAGUGCCUUAAAGUUGGGAACGUCCACUUCCUAUGGAGCUGCCCAGGAAGUUGUAGCCAUAAAGGAUUUUUGUCCCAGCAGCUUUACCACACUGAAAUUCUCCAAAGGUGAUCACCUCUAUGUCCUGGACGCAUCUGAGGGAGAGUGGUGGUAUGCCCAUAACAACAUGGAAAUGGGAUACAUCCCGGCCACUUAUGUUCAACCUGUCAGCUUCAGGAAUGCAUCACUGAGUGACAGUGGGAUGAUUGACAGUCUUGGGGAGGGAUAUGAGGAUGGGUCAAAGGAUUUUGAAGGUUUGGGGGAGUGGACAAGGAUUUCCAAUAAACCCUCCAAAAUUUACAAUCACAGCCCGUUCUCUGCCAACCCCUUUAUCUGUCAUCUGGAUCAGAACUGCAAGGAUACAUGUGUGAGAAACUCCGCUGAUGUGACUCUCUUUGAUGUUCUACCGUCUCCAUCCUCUUGUUCUGAUUUUAACACAUGUACAGUCAUGACCAGUGGCUUUAGUAGCCUCAACAUUAACAAUUCAAAUGUCACCUACCCCAAUCUAGAUGUCGUUCCAACUCUCCAAAUGGAUAAUUCUUUUUUCAGGAGUAAACGUUCGGUUAGCCUUUCAGAACUAUCUGUCCUGCACGCACAGUUGAAUCCUACAUUACCAUCUUCAGGAUUCUUCAUAGGCCUUAAGGCUCCUGCACCAGAGCAGUUUCAGAGCAGGGAGGACUUCAGAACUGCUUGGCUAAACCACAGAAAAUUAGCCCGAUCCUGCCAUGACCUUGACUCCCUGGGCCAGAGUCCAGGAUGGGGACAGACUCAACCUGUGGAGACUAAUAUUGUGUGCAGAUUGGACCGUAAUGGAGGUGUUGUUCAGCUUCCAGAUACCCAAAUCAGCGUGUACAUCCCAGAAGAUCAUGUCAGCCACGGAGACCACCAGCAAAUCUCUUUGAAAGCCUUACUGGACCCUCCUCUGGAGCUCAAUAGCGACCACUGCACCACUGUGAGUCCUGUGGUAGAGAUAAAGCUCAGCAACAUGGAGAUAAAGUCCUUCAUCACACUAGAGAUGAAGAUAUCAGUAACCAUCAAGUCAGAAAGUUGUCACGCUGCAGAGGUUCUUUGCGUUCGAAGUGAUUGUAAAGAAGGUCCUUAUACACCGAUCCCGAACGCUUACAUUUUCAAAGAUACAGUUCAGGUACACUUGGAAAGCCUAGAGCCUUGUAUGUAUUUAGCUGUUGUGGUUCAGUCCCAGUAUAUCAGCCGGAAUAUGACUGUUUGGGAUUGCAUGCACAGGAAGGUAACAUUAGGUCUCUAUGGGCCCAAGCACAUCCACCCCUCUUUUAAGACCGUUGUGGCUAUGUUUGGUCAUGACUGUGCCCCAAAAACCUUGUUAGUGAAUGAGGCAGGUCGGCAGGCUACCGCACCUCCACCAGUGGCACUCCAGCUGUGGGGAAAGCACCAGUUUGUGCUUCGGUAUCCCCAGGACCUUCAGGUAGGAUUGUAUUCAAACAUGUCCAUUUAUCAAGUCAAGGCAAAUGAGGGCUCGGGGGUGAUACAGGGAUUUCAGAUCAAACUGGGGAAGGUCAGUAGGCUCCUGUAUAUGAUCACAUCACACAACCCAAGUAGCAUUUCAGACUUCACACUCAGGGUCCAAGUCAAAGACGCCCUCGAUUGCAUCCUUACUCAGUUCUGCGUUCAAACCCCACAUCCGCCAACAAAGACGGCCGAGAGGAUAGCAGGCCAGAGGAGAUUCCUUAAGAAAAAAGAGGUGGAUAAAAUUGUUCUCUCACCUCUGGCUGUCACCUCCAAAUACCCGACUUUUCAGGACCGGUGCAUUACAAAUCUGAAAUUUGGCAAAUUAAUCAAAACUGUGAUUAGACAGCACAAGAGCACCUAUCUGUUGGAGUACAGAAAGGGGGAUGUCAUUGCUGUGAUAAGUGAAGAGAAGAUUAAACUGCGAGGGCAGCUGCGGACCAAAGAGUGGUACAUCGGGUACUAUCAUGGAAAGAUGGGGCUUGUCCAUGCCAAAAACGUUCUGGUUCUGGGUAAGGUCAAGCCCAUCUAUUGGUGUGGGCCAGACCUAACAACCACCAUGCUGCUGGAGCAGAUUCUCAAGCCUUGCAAGUUUCUUACAUACAUUUAUGCCUCCGUGAGGACCGUCUUAAUGGAAAAUGUUGGAAGCUGGAGGGCAUUUGCAGACGCUCUGGGCUACGGAAAUCUGCCAUUGAGUUACUUUUGCCGAACCGAGUUGGACAGUGAGCCUGAGAAGGUUGCAUCAGUUUUGGAGAAACUUAAAGAGGAGUGCACACUUAUGGAGAACAAGGAGAGGAAGUCCUUUCAGAGGGAGCUCAUGAUGGCAUUACUGAAGAUGGACUGCCAGGGCCUGGUUGCCAGGUUGGUUCUGGACUUUGUGUUGUUGACCACGGCAGUGGAGGUGGCCUCCCGAUGGAGGGAACUAGCUGAGAAACUGGCUCGUGUGUCCAGGCAGCAGAUGGAGGUUUACGAGGCGCCCCAUCGCGACAAAAACGGCCUGCUGGACAAUGAGUCCAUGUGGAAGCCAGCCUACGACUUCCUUCUGACCUGGGCCGCCCAUGUGGGAGACAGCUACCGCGACGUGAUCCAGGAGCUCCACGUUGGCCUGGACAAGAUGAGGAACCCCAUAACUAAAAGGUGGAAGCACCUGACAGGCACGCUCAUCCUGGUCAACUGCCUGGACGUCCUCCGCAGUGCUGCUUUUUGCCCCACCGGAUACGGAGACUUUGCAAUCUGAUCAGCUGCUUGUUUGGACUCUUGGUUCUGAGAGAUUGGACAUUACACAUGAAACCAUCCAGCUUUAACAAGUCUGGCUAAUCUCUAGGCUUUUAUGUUCCCUCUUCAGCAUUGUGGAGUAUUUUGAAACAAAUGCCAUCGAUAAGUUCUGGCAUUUGAAAGGUCAAUAGAAAACUGGGGUUCUGCCUAUUUGUCACAUUUGUCUUGCUUUCUUGUCUCUUUUCUGUCCUGUUGUCCAUCUGUCUUCUACCUCGCUCCUUUUUUACUUACUGUACAUUGCCAUUCUUUUCUCAUCUUACCUUUUCCUAUGUUUUGCUUGUCCUCCUAGACUGUAAAUGUUGGUUUGUAGUUCAAGGUUGUGUGAUUCCUUGGUUCUGAUUGCUUUUAACGUCACCCUCAGGUUAACAUCAACAACCUCAAACUACAGCUGUGCAUAAACAACAUACUUACGUACAGUUGCUUUGAACAUCGUUCUAACUUCCAUUAGGAACAGGAAGGUUUUAUAACAAACUGCCUCUCAUGGCAGAGCACUUUUAAACCAAAACAAUCAAAGAUGUUUUUCUAUAAGCAUAACCUCUGUCACAAAUACUUCUAAUUUUAUAGUAAUACGUUUUAUGAUCAGUGUUAUAUUUGUUUCAUUCUGCUUUUGAUUUCUCUUGUGUGCAAGUCUGUCAGUCACAGUACGAAAAUGUAUUAACUGUAUAUUAAUACGUAACAUUAUGUAAAUGACAAAGUCCCCAAAUGUGUUCUAUGUUUUAUAUAUUUUGUCACCUUUUGCUUUGUACACUUUUGACAUUCUUUUUCAGCCCCAUGACAGAGAAGUGGAAUGAUUUAGCAACUAUCUCUCAGAGGCAUUAAAUACUUGUUGGCUGCUUUUCGGACUCAGAGGGACCAGUCUUCAUAGACUGUCUUUUGUGAGCAAGUUUGGAAGACCUAAACUGUAACUCCAGCUUUGUUUUGUCAUCAUUUUAUUGUCUUUGGUAAUUUGUUGAAAAUAUAAUGAAUAAAUAAACAGACUGAAGGAGUGUGU